GUGAGUAUAAUAAUAAUAAUAAUAAUAAUAAUAAUAAAAUAACAAUAAUGAUAAUAAUAAUCAGCUCCACCACAGCUUCUUCUUUUUCUUCACGGUUGGAGACUAAGUGAACACACAUCCUGGAUGUCACGCACAGACCUACUGCAGUGAUUUAUUCCACUCUCCUGUGAUUGGCUGUUGUUUUGGGGAGAACGCCGUGCGCUCAGAGCGCAGCAGCAGCGGAGCGCGCACUGGCACCAAGUCCUGGAGCAUGUCGGGAUGUGAGCCGAACCAGGGCUGGUAGAAUGGCACCAGAUCCCGCAUGGGUCAUUGAGGGAUGGCAGCCUUUCACCACCACCACCAGCAGCAGCACCACCAGCUUCAGCAACAGCAAUACAAACAGCAGAGCGCGGAGCUGCGGCGGCUCCUCCAGCGGCUCACCGUCGCCUCCUCCCUGAGUCUCCUCUGCUUCUCCCUGGUCUACAUCCUCACCGGCUGCUGCCAGUCAGACCUCCAGGUGGAAAACUCCCAGACCGGGGCGCAGGUGCGGGACUUUGUGGCGUACGAGAGGAACUGGACCGGUCUGGUCCCGCUCCAGCCUGUUCCACAGCAGCCCGGACCCGAGGAGACGAACAGUUCUGGGAGAGAAUGGACCGCAGCCCGCAGGUUACCGCAGGCGCUGAUCAUCGGGGUGAAGAAAGGAGGCACCCGGGCUCUGCUGGAGUUCCUGCGGCUCCACCCUGACAUCCGAGCCCUGGGUUCGGAGCCGCACUUCUUCGACAGGCAUUACGCACGAGGGCUGGACUGGUACAGGAACAUGAUGCCCAAAGCUCUGGACGGACAGAUUGUGAUGGAGAAGACGCCUCGGUACUUUGUCACGGUGGAAACACCACAGAGGGUCCGCUCCAUGUCCAGGGACGUGAAGCUGAUUGUUGUGGUCCGUGACCCUGUGACCAGAGCCAUAUCUGACUACACUCAGAUCAUCUCCAAGACCCCGGACAUUCCUGCAUUUGAACGCUUGGUCUUCAAGAACCGCACCACAGGUCAGAUCGACUCUCUCUGGAGCCCACUUUGGAUUGGCCUGUACGCUCAUCACCUGGAGCGCUGGCUGACCUGGUUCCCCAGGACUCAGAUCCACCUGGUCAGCGGUGAGAGGCUAAUCUCUGACCCCGCAGGAGAAGUAGGAAAAGUCCAGGACUUUCUGGGCCUCCAGAGGAUCGUCACGGACAAACACUUCUACUUCAACAAGACAAAAGGCUUCCCCUGCCUGAAGAAGCCAGAGGGCAGCAGUAAACCGCACUGCCUGGGGAAGACCAAAGGGAGGAUGCACGCCUCCAUCGACCCGGCGGUGAUGCAGAGACUGAGGGAUUUCUACAAACCACACAACCAGCGCUUCUACCAGAUGGCGGGGCAGGACUUUGGAUGGCAGUGACUCUAGACACUGGGUUUAGUUCUAAUGUUUCGCUGCUCUGGACUACAGCAUGUAGAUGUGUCAGUUUUAUGAGCACAGAGUUUCAGAAAACUGACCUGAGUGAAG